CUUUGACGUAAGAUUUUCCUAUCAAAGUGACAUAAACAGUUCCGAAAUUCAACUACUCUGUCUGGGUUUUUCAUAAUUUUUAUAUUUUUUAUGCCUUACGGUAUUUAAUUUAAUUUAGGUCAAAAUCUUUGUUGCUCAGAUGCUUAUCCAUAUUUCACCAUGGCUAUAUGGCGUAGUACGGUCGCUGAGCACCUCGUCGAGAUAUUUAGCCAGCAGUAAUCACUAUGAUGUGCUUGGAAUAACUCCUAAUGCGACACAGAAUGAUAUAAAAACUGCUUACUACAAACUGUCCAAAGUAUACCAUCCAGACAAGUCUAGCGAUGAAACGUCAGCCAAAAAGUUUAGAGCCAUAACUGAAGCCUAUGAGGUAUUAGGAAAUGUAAAAUUAAAAAAGAUGUAUGAUAGAGGGUUGCUAGGUGCAAGAGGGAAAUCCAAAAUGAGUUCGAAUUAUGAGCCAGACCCUGAGCCAACAGAUCCCACACUCAAAUUCUAUAAAUCUCAUGCAUACCGUAAGGUGGUGCCUACAAUGGAUGGUAGAAGGCCUAUUUAUGACUUUGAUGCUUGGUCUAAAAACCACUAUGGAGAUUUAUUUGAAAAAUCAAAAUAUGAGAAAGAGUUUAUAAGAAAGAAACAAGAAAAGCAAUUAGAUUAUGAACAAUCAAGUAAACAAGAAGUUUUUAUGUACAUGAUGGUAGCUCUAGGGGGUCUGUUUCUAUUCUUGGUAGCUCAAGGCAAAACUGAUUAUGAUAAGGAUAGAAUCACACAAAAUAAAAAUAAUACACGAGAAAAUUAAUAGAUUUUGUCCUUGCAAACAUGCCUUAGUAAAUUGUCAGUUAGCAUAAUAGAAAAUUAAGUAUUGUGAUAUGUAAUAACAUUUACCUCUCAAACAUGGAAAAAGUCAGACUGGGAUUCAUUAAAAACAAUGCUAUUGCUGGUCUCCUCUUCUAUGUUGAUGUUUGGAGGGUUAAAUAGAUUCACAUAUUAAUAUAUUUUUUCAAAUCUUGUAAAUACUGUACAUAUUAAUAAUUUAACGACAGUGACCUUUAGUGGUAGUAAAAAAACAAUAUUAAACAGAUAUUACAAUCAA